AUGGAAAAGUCAAUUUCCUACAAAAUGUCUGAAAAAGAGCCAGUACAAGAGGCCCAAGAGACGUACCCAUCGCCAAUGAAACUAGCCGUGAUCGUGACAGCUCUCUGCCUUGCAAUAUUUUGCAUGGCGCUGGACAAUACAAUUAUUGCGACAGCCAUUCCUCAUAUCACCGCUCAAUUUCAUGCGCUCGAUAACGUGGGUUGGUAUGGUAGCGCUUAUUUCCUCACCACCUGCUCAAUGCAACUGGUCUUUGGAAAGCUUUAUACAUUCUGCUCUGUCAAAUGGGUGUUCCUGUCAGCAUUGAUCAUUUUCGAAGUCGGAUCUUUGAUUUGCGGUGUAACACCGAAUUCAUUGGGACUAAUACUUGGUCGAGCGAUUGCCGGGAUCGGGACAUCAGGUGUAUUCUCUGGUGCUAUUCUGAUCAUUGCAAACUCGGUGCCAUUAGAAAAAAGACCUUUAUAUACUGGGAUUGUCGGGGGUAUGUAUGGGAUCGCGAGCGUUGCAGGGCCUUUAAUGGGAGGAGCUUUUACAGACCAUGCUUCGUGGCGUUGGUGCUUCUUCAUCAACCUUCCAAUUGGUGCUGUGACCUUUAUCUUCCUGCUCUGUUUCUAUCAUUCUCCCCCGAAAGCCAAGUCAACUUUGUCUCUCAGGGAGCAGAUCCAGCAGUUUGAUAUCAUUGGCACAAUCUUCUUUAUUCCAUCUAUUAUAUGCUUGCUCUUGGCAUUGCAAUGGGGUGGUUCAGUCUAUGAAUGGAACAAUGGAAAAAUAAUAGCCUUGUUCGUCGUUUUUGGGGUUCUGAUGAUUGCCUUCGUUUUUGUGCAGCUCUGGCGACAAGAGAAUGCCACACUUCCACCACGAAUCUUUGGAAACCGGAAUGUAUGGGGAAGCUCUUUGUUUACCUUCUGCCUUGGUGCGGCUUUUUUCGCCCUGGUUUACUACCUCCCUAUCUGGUUCCAGUCCAUCAAAGGUGUCUCAGCAGUGAAAUCAGGCAUCAUGAACCUCCCCAUGCUUCUUGCUCAGGUUCUCUUGUCUAUUGUGGCAGGGGCUUGUGUCACAAAAUUCGGCUACUAUACCCCUUUCAUGAUUAUUUCAUCUUUGCUCAUGGCAGUGGGGGCAGGUCUUUUGUCAACAUUCCAUCCUGACACAGGAAGUGGGAAAUGGAUUGGCUAUCAGAUUAUCUUUGGUGCUGGGGUGGGAACUGGCAUGCAACAGGCACUUAUAGCUGUUCAAAAAUCCCUUCCACUUGCCGAUGUGCCCAUUGCGACAGCUGCGGUCAUGUUUUCGCAAACCCUUGGUGGAGCUGUGUUCGUUUCUGUGGCGCAGAACGUUUUUACAAACGCACUUCUGCAGAAUCUGUCUGGUAUAUCGGGAAUUGAUUCACAGCAGGUUGUCGACAUUGGUGCCACGGCCUUGAAAGAUCUUAUCCCGGCAAACGUCUUACCACGGGUUCUUUCCGCCUACAAUGAAGGUCUUGUGGCUGCCUUCUACGUGUCGACUGCUAUGGGAGCAUUGUCAUUGUUCGGAACAUUAUUCGUGCAGUGGAAAUCUGUGAAGGCUUGA